CCACCACCCCGCCCCGACUGAAUUCUCUGUUGGAAUGAGCCCUGUAUUUAUAGACCAGGGAGGAGAUGUUUACAGCAAGAAUUUCUAUUAAACACUGAGGAAAAUAUUUUUAUUAGGGGGGGCGUGGCCUAAUUCAAUUCCCUCCCCCACACCCCUAAAAGGUGUGGCCUAAUUAAAUUUCCCCCCCUUCCUAAGAUGUGUGGCCUAAUACCAUUAUUAUUUCCCACUAGGUAUACAACCAAAAGUCAAAUUCAAGGUCAAGGUCAAUGAUGAUCCCCACUUGUAUGAAAAUGUGAACCUAGUUUUUUUAUUACAAAAAUAACGAAGAACCUGUUGAUGUUAUAAAAAAAUACAGGAAUAACUUUUUUUAGUAAAUUUAAUAACAAAUCAAUAAACAUAUCAUUUAUCAAGAUAUAAUGAAUAUUAAGUGAGAUAUGACAUCUUUAGUGAUUGGAGAUCUCAGAUUUCUUCAAGCAGAGAUCGGAGAUUGGAGAUUAACAAAGAUUUGAUACUGUAUGAAUGAAUCAAUAAAUAGAUGAAUAAAUAAAUAUAUACAUGUUGAAAAAAUGUACUUAAUAAAAAUGAUCAAGAAGAAAAUACCAUUGUUGAAGAAAAUAAAACGGAAGAAGGUUGUGUCUGGAUCUGGAAUAAUCGGAUCUAUAUUGAACAAAGCAAUUGACUUACUACCUGUUGAACUUCAUAUCCCUGGCUACAAUUUUUGUGGCCCUGGCACAAAACUUGAAAAAAGAUUGAAGAGAGGUGAUAAAGGAAUAAAUAAACUUGAUGAUGCAUGCCGGGAACAUGAUAUAGCUUAUAGCAAUCCUAAUCAGAAUAGAACAGAAGCUGAUAAGAAACUAGCUGCCCUGGCUUGGGAAAGAGUCAAAUCACCUGAUGCUAGCCUUGGAGAGCGCUCAUCAGCAUACUUGGUAACAAACUUAUUGAAUGCCAAGACUAAAUUUGGUGGUGGGUUGUUUCUGAGACCCUACAAAGGGUGUGGGUUGUUUCUGAAACCCUACAAAGGGUGUGGGUUGCAAAAGAAUAAGAAUAAAACAAUAAAGAAGAAGGUGAAUCAGAAGAGGAUACAAGAGACAUUGAGGAAAAUUCUAAAAAAAAAACACCAUUCACAAACAUUGAAAUAAUAGAUUAUGCAAGAAAGCUUGAAUUACCACUACGAGGUGUCUACAUGAGAGAUAGUCUACCAGAAAUACCACUCAAAGAUCUAGAAAUUGGUGUAAUCAAUUUGGAUGAUGAAAGCAGUACAGGAAGUCAUUGGACAUGUUAUAUUAAAUGUAACAAUACAUGUGACUAUUUCGAUAGUUUUGGAAAUUUGAGUCCUCCACUUGAAUUUAUGGCUUAUAUGAAAGAUAUAAAAAUACAUUACAACUAUAAGAAGUAUCAAGAAAUCGAUGACAAUUCAAUAGUAUGUGGUCAUUUAUGUUUAUUGUGGUUGUAUAAAAAAUAUGUUCUCAUUAACAGCAAAUCAAAAUCCACUGGUAAGUGAUAUUUUCCCACCAGUACAACUGGAAACAUCUAGCAAAUAUGAAGUAGCCCUAAUAGAUCUAUAUACAUACAAUACAAUUCCAAAUAUUGAAAACAAUAUCAAUGAUAAGUUUAGCUAUAAUGGAAAACAAGUGAAAAUACCAGUAGGGUCAUAUGAAUUGGAUGAUAUAGUAGAUUAUAUACGAAAUAAAUUAUCUCUUACAAGUGGUCAACUGAAAAUCAAAGCUAAUAAUAAUACACUACAGUGUGAGUUAUAUGCAGAUAGAGAAAUUGAUAUCAGUAUGAAAGAUAGUGUUGCUCCAAUUCUUGGAUUCCAACACAUGAAGCUAGAAGCUAAUAAAUGGCACAUAUCUACAAAACCAGUUCACAUUAUGCGUGUGAAUAGCAUCAGAGUAGAAUGUAAUAUUGCAAAAGGAUCUUAUGAUAAUGGUAGUGAAGGUCACAUACUGUAUGAGUUCUAUACAACUGUACCACCAGGUUUCAAAAUAAUUGUAUCUCCAAAAACUGUAGUGUACCUACCAAUCAAUACAAACCGAAUAGAUCACAUUCGUGUAAAACUAAUAGAUCAAAAUAAUGAAUUGAUCAAUUUCCGAGGAGAAACUAUAACUGUUCGUUUACAUGUAAGAAAAUCACCAACUAUAUAAAAAUAAUGUUGAUAUUCUCAAGUAGUGGAAAUAAUAAUAAUACAAUGAUAAAUCAACAUAAACUCACACCCAAAAAUGUUGAACUAUUACAAAGAUUAGGAUUUAUUGUAUAUAAUAAAAAUAAGAAUAGAAAUAAUUAUAAUGUCUCAUCCAAAAGAUAUGAAUACUAUUGAUACAAUAUUCAAUGUCUCAGAAAAACCAAACUUUGAUGAGAGUAUAACAAAGUUUGAAUAUCAUACACACACUCCUUAUGCAUCUCAAACAUUCAACCACAAUGAUGAAAUACGUAUAAAUUUGAAUCAACAAGAUGUCUAUACACUACCCAGUAAAAGUUUCCUUCUAAUUGAAGGACAAGUUGAGGUUAAGAAAGCAGAUGAUACUAAAACUGAAAAUUAUUCACUAAUUAAUAAUGGAGUAGCUUAUUUAUUUGAUGAAAUCAGAUAUGAACUUGGUGGUGUGGAAGUUGAUCGUACACGUAAUCUUGGUAUUACAACUACAAUGAAAAAUCUUCUAAGUGAAACAGCACUCAAUACAAAAGUGUGGGAGAAUGCAGGAUGGAAAUUGGAUGGAUGGAAUAAAAUUGACAAAUUCAGUUUUUGUAUACCUUUGGAGAUGUGGUUGGGUGUAAUGGAAGACUACAAGAAAGUUAUAUUGAAUGUUCGUCAGGAAAUUAUUCUAUUAAGAUCUUCAACAGAUGCAGAUGCAGUGACUACCACUGAUGGAGCUACAGUUAAAAUUAAUAUUACAAAGAUACAAUGGAAAGUACCCUAUAUACAUGUUUCUGACCACAUUCGGCUUGAUUUGUUGAACCUAUCACAUACAGAUAAACCAAUUAAUUUACCUUUUAGAUCAUGGCAGAUACAUGAGUAUCCAACACUUCCUCAAACUACUACUCAUCAAUGGACAGUUAAAACAGCUUCACAAAUGGAGAAGCCUAGAUUUAUUAUUCUAGGCUUUCAAACUGAUAAGAAAAAUAAACUGAGUGCAAACAAGUCAUGUUUUGAUCUAUGUAAACUACACAAUGUUCGUCUCUAUUUGAAUGCACAAUACUUCCCCUAUGACAAUAUAAUGGGAAGCAAACACUUGCUCUAUCAUAUGUUUAGUAGCUUCCCACAUGCUUACUAUCCACAUAAUAACAGUAACAAUCUUACUUCAAUAUCAUAUAAUACAUUCAUUGAAAAGGCUGCACUAAUAGUAAUAGAUUGCAGUCGUCAAAAUGAAUUGUUGAAAUCUGGUGCACUAGAUGUUAAACUUACAUUUGAAACUAAUGAAAAUAUACCUGAUAAAACCUCUGCCUACUGUCUAAUUCUUUAUGAUAAUGUGUAUGAAUACACACCAUUGAGUGGUAUGGUUAGGAAAGUAAUGUAGAAGAUUACAAUAAUUAUAAAACCUUAUAAUUGAGAAUUAAUUACAGCAUCAAAGUGGAAAAUUUGUCAUAAAAAUUAAUAGAGAGAAUAAUUAAUUUUAAGCCUCUACAAGGUUUUAAUAUUAUAACUGAAGAA